AUGAAUAUACCCACUAUGAAUGCAAGUAAAUUAUAGAACAAAGUGCAAAAAUUAGUGGAAAUUGAAAAAAGAAAGCUUCUUCAAUCUUAAAAAUAGACUUAACGUUUAAAAAAAUCUUAAAGUCAUAAAGAGGAGAUAGCUAAUUCAGAAAUUUACAAUGAGGAAGAACAACACAGAUUAUUUUAGGAAGCUGUUAUAGAAUAUAGAAAAUAAUAAAAAUAAUAGGCAUUAUAAAAUACAGAGAAAAUAUUAAUUGAAAAUGAAUCAUUAGGGUACAUAUCAAGUAGAUAGAAUAAAAAAGAAGAAUAACAAAGAAAUAAGAUGAAAUUUCUUUUAUCAGAAGCAAAUGAAUGGAAAAUGUUUGAUAUUGAUUCUGAUUAAAAAUAAAGGACUGAUUAAUAACCUAUUAUUAUUGAUAAAAUAACUUGUUAUUAAUGUUAUAGAUUAUUCGAUUAGAAAUAUGUAAUAUUCAACAAUAGCAGAUAAUUAUGUACAUAAGAGUGUCUUGAAUCAUUUAAACUAUAAAAUAUAAUUAUCAAAUUAUAUGAAUUUUUAGUAUCUAUGUUGGUCUUAGUCAUAUGA